AGAGGAGUCGUGUGUUGUCACCUGAAUACUCAUGACAUUUAAUUUUAACAGGUAUCAAGCAUCAGGACACAGGGAUGUACAAAGGAUCUGCUUAUUCUAGCUACCCUUUUCUAAUGCUCCCAGACCCGUACCUGCCAAAUGGAUCUAUGUCACCUUUGUCUAACAAAGUUCCUGUGGUGCAGCCGUCCCACGGCGUCCAUCCGCUCACCCCACUCAUUCCAUACAGCAACGAGCAUUUCAGCCACGGCUCCCACUCGCCACACUUGCCAGCUGAUAUCAACCAGAAACAAGGUGUACACCGUCCUUCCCAAACCUCAGAGAUCCCUGGUUUUUACUCCCUGCCUCCUGGUGGGGUUGGACAGAUUACACCUUCCAUGGGCUGGCAGAGCCAGUCUGUCUAUCCGCUCCCGUCAUGUGGAUUUAGACAGCCGUAUUCGUCAGCGCUCUCUGCUGGGGCUUCUUUCUCCAGGUUUACACACCCUCUGAUGCUGAGCUCGGGAAUGCACACCACCGGCAUCCCUCAUCCAGCCAUAGUGCCCCACUCUGGAAAACAGGAAAUGGAGCAUUAUGACCGGAACAUGAAACCCCAACCAGAACCAAAGAGAGAGAAGGAAGCCAAGAAGCCAACUAUCAAGAAGCCCCUGAAUGCUUUCAUGUUGUAUAUGAAAGAGAUGCGGGCAAAAGUCAUUGCCGAGUGCACCCUGAAAGAAAGUGCAGCUAUCAACCAGAUUUUAGGAAGGAGGUGGCAUGCACUGUCGCGGGAGGAGCAGGCCAAGUACUAUGAACUGGCUCGGAAGGAACGGCAACUUCACAUGCAGCUCUACCCAGGCUGGUCCGCAAGAGAUAACUAUUCUUCAGGCUCUUCAGCCCAUGAACACACACAGGUUUGCUCAGGGCCUCUGGAAUUCUGCAGCACUUCAGGGCCUGUUUCAGCAGCAAGGGGAAAAAAGAAAAGACGGACAAGAGAAAAGCAGCAAGACUCCAGCUCAGAUCCCGCCUCUCCUAAGAAAUGCAGAGCUCGCUUUGGCCUCAACCAACAAACGGACUGGUGCGGCCCAUGCAGGAGGAAAAAGAAGUGCAUUCGGUACCUACAAGGAGAAGGACGCUGUGCCAGCCCAGUUUCUUCCGAUGGAAGUGCUAUAGACUCCCCUCCCUCUCCUCUGGAUGCACUCCAGUGCAUAUCUUCUGCUUUUACUUCAGACAAGCUUGCUACUACCCCUGCUGAUUUCACCCACAGAGAACAAACCAACCCCUUCCCCAUCUCUGUUCACAUCAAAACUGCUACCCCCUCACCCAGACUGACCUCAAGGUGCUCAUCUAUGCCUCAUACGUCAGUAGCAUCCAGUGAAUCCUCAGAGUACAGCCUGGCCUCAACAGGAACAUAGUACCACGCUCCAAGUUAAACACUUACUAAUGCAUUGGGCACUUUGCUUUUACCACAUGGUUUUGCUGCCCACUGAAGUAGACUGGAGGCCCAUCCAAACAAUUCAUCAUGCCGUAAGACUGCCUUUUCAAAGUCAAGGGACAACUGUAUCCCAUGCCUCCAAGUAAUCAAGGAUGCUGCAAUAUUCAGUGUUUCACUCAGUAAAAAGGUAGGACUACUCACCCAGAUUAAAAGCACCAAUCAGCAAAUGAACCUUUUCUCCCUACCCUGAGCUGCUUUUUUACUGCAUCAUCUACUAACGUAGCAGAAAGCAAAAUCUAAUUCCCUAGCUUGCUGCAGUAGAUGGUAUGUGCUAUAUACCUUAAGCAUUGGUUUCCUUUUCAUGCUGCCUAAACUGCUUUGAAUUGUAGUCAGUCACAGAUCUCUUGUAGCUAUCGUGUCAGACAGCUGGAAAAGCUGGAACAGGAGCAUUUUUUUCCUUAAAGUCUACGUUUCUGAGAAUUAAAUGUAGCGAAGCUAGGUUUUAAUACAAUUGGCUUAUAAGAAAAGGUGGAUUAUUUAAAAGAAUGAAGUGAAUAUUAUUAUUAAACUUCUUGUCUGAGAACAGGAAUCAUUGUUUACAGGUAACAGCUGUCUGUGCCAGCAUCUCACGUUCCAUUAGCAUGUGGCAUGGUAGAUGAGGGUGAGAGAGAGGAUGCACCAGGUAGUCCAGGAAGCUUGAACUGGCCCCUUCGAGAUCCAACUGUGGGGUGUUCUUUUGUUUUGAAAUACUAUAGUAGUGCAUCAGCCAAGCGUAGAUUUCUCAUUGCUGCCCAGGUUGUUCAUUAUAAACAAAGUUUCUAAAAUAAGAGCUUGAAAACACUCAAACAUGCCACCUCUUUGCGAUGAAGGCCCUGCUAUUGUUAAACUUUGUACAAAGUAUGUAGCAGGGUGCAUGAGGACAUUAAAAUACCAGUACAAGUGCAUGUACAGAUAUCAAGUCAGACACAGAGCAUGGCCUUUGCAUUGAGAGGUGAUUCAUAAGGCACCCAUGUGUUUGUCACAAGCAAGAGGUGGGGAUAGAAAGUGGACAUAGGCUUCAUUCAACAUGAUGCUCUUCAUGCUCAUGAAACUUAGCUCCACACUUCCUUGGCCUCUCCCCGCUAGCAGGUAGGGGGACAUAAAGAGUGGCAGCAGUCUCACUGAUGCAGGGUCUGGAUCUCCUCUAUUCUCCAGCUGCCACUGCUCUGCACCUUAGAUACCACUCUCCACCUUAUCCAGUCUAAAAGCAAACCCCAAAAGCAGGUUUGAUGAGCUGGUGCACAGCUUUUACCAUGCACUGUACAUUUUAUUAAAAAUUCCUACUGUCUACUCACCUUCUCAACUGUCAAAUGUCAAUACAUUCUCUCCAGCUGAAGAACCUCUAAGGUUUUCUGCUAUUUUAUUUAUAUUUUAAACUUGGCAAAUGAAAAAAAAAACAGCAGCCCUGCUAUAGUAAUAUAAAUGCAUUCCUUGGAGUUCCUCUAGACUUACACUGUGCUCAUUGAGAUCAAAAUCAAGCCUCCUAUUUUGAAAACAUCCUAGACUGAUAAGGAGAGGAGCAACACCACAUUAGGGCAUCUAUUUUUUCUAGAAAAGACUAUACAAAGUAAUGAAGUAUUAAUAUUAUUACAGUAUUGCAAGAAAUUUUAAAAGGACCUUUUUAACUGUACAAAAUAUUUUUGUAUCUUUUUCAUAAGGCACCACCAUGAAAAUCUACUGUUCUUAAAUUACAAACUUAUGUUUUCAAUAGCUGUCUGUAUCAAAGGCUGAAAGUUACAAUGGUGUAUUGUGUAGAACAGCAGUUAUUGGGAUUUUCCCCAUUUUAGUCCCUUUCACCUGAAGUUCCUUUAGAGCAGUGGUGCUCAAUCUUUCCAUCCAGUGGGCCAGAUGAGCAGUGCCCAGUUCCUCCAUGGUUAGGUCCAGCAGGUAAACCUAAUGCAGCACCAGGGCAGGCCCAGCAGGGAGGGAGGGAGUUGCAAUCCAGUGGUGUGGAAGAAGAAGAGAGUAUGGCCCAGUCCCUAACCUGGCCAGGUGGAGAGGGGCAAGAAGGCAUGGCUCAGACAGGCAGGGGGAAGAGGUUAGGGCCUGAUCCCAACCCAGACAGCCAAAGGGAGGGGAGGGAUGUGGCCCAGCUCCAACCCCCUGCACAGGAUUUAGGAUUUCAGUAGCGGAAACUGAUACUGCUCCCUUGCCAUCAAGUUUCCCAACCCUUCAGAAGCCCCCCAAGACCAGAUUUGGCCCACAGGACAGAAGCUGAGCACCCCUGCUGUAGAAUGAUGGGAGGGCUGGUCAGGAAUUAUCCAUGCAAACUUUUGCUAGAAGAUAUAAAGCUACUGCUGUAUUUCUUUUGUUGUAUACAGAGCAUAAUCCCAGAAGCAUGUACAAAUUUGAAAGAGUUUAUGUAACCAUCAGAUGAUUGGCAUAAUCUGCAUUGAAAGCCAAACAUACUUAAAACACCUGUGCUAAUCCCAGUCAGAAGGAUUAAUUCUGCAGCAUGUGAUCACUAUUUGGUUUGCUAGCAAUGAUUGCUAAGCAGUUCAAGAGACAGCACAGUAUAGUGGUUAAAGCAAGGGACUAGGAAAGAUUUAUCCCCAGCUCUCCAGCUGACACUGAACUCAGUCAGGUUUCCCCAGUGCAGUGCAAGGUGAAAGAAUCUUCCCUGUUUGACAUCCUCAAGUGCUGGAGAAGUGUCAAGCUGCAUUAUUCCUGUGACAACAGUUGUGUAAGCUAGUAGUCAAGUACAAGCAAGUAAAAAAAAAUUGAGUGUAACAACUUGCGUUCUGUGGUUGUAUAAAACAAAUGCAACUUCAAACCUCUAACAGGAAGUGCCCAAAAGCAAAAGCAGAUACAGCUAACCUGUGGAUGUCAUGGGGAAGACGAGUCCUGCAGCAACACAAGUACAAUUAGUCCAAAGUUUGGCUAUUGGUCAAGAGUAAACUGGAACAGCUACCACUGCAUGCAGAGGUCACUGGGAGUUGCAUCUGUUUAAAUUUAAGCCCAACUCUGGCCCAGAAGCACUUAGAGGGUCUGCCAUGGCAGAGGGACAGAUUAAAGUGGAAAAAGGGCUGUUUUAUAUCCCAACUUCUGUUCUCAAUUGCUUUUCAUUUGUUCAGUCUGUUGUAGAAUCUGCCGAGUGGGUCCCUGGCUUAAAACACACCUAUUUUCCAGGCAUAGCUUUUCCUCCAAGUGAGGCAUUUGCACACCCAUGGAAACAGGACCACUUAUACCCAUUCACUGACUGAUGUACACUACUACUAGAAGGGCUUAGAUCACAUAGUCUUGUUCUGGUUUGAUGAAGAAUAUACAAAUUUGUUAUUACUUCUUCAGAGCCCCAGUGCUUCUUCUGUACCCUCAAGCUAUGGCAGCAUGAAAGUAGUCUUCUGCCUUUAUUGCCAACUCCUGUUUAUACUGAUUUAACUGAGAGCAUAAUUUGAUAAUUUUUUUAAAACCAAGCAGCAAAAGACCUUCAGAGGCCUUUCAUACACCAACAUAUGUAUAAAUACACAUUUUAACAUCCUAUAGUGUUAUUACACAAAUAGAAACCAAAAGACAAAAUACCAAAAAAAGUAUCCGUCUUUAGAAAUGAUACAUGAAGUGUUACUUUCUGUUCUUUUUCUUUUUAAAACAAAAAACUUUGCCCUAAGGUUUUUACUGCAGCAAUAUUUUUAGUUCUUAAAUAGCAAGUUCACUCCAUUUAAUUAUACAUUCGAUAUCCUGAAACCUGUUUGAAUGUAGAAGUCAUGGAAAUACCACUUCAUUAAACCAUGUAAAACCACUAUGUAUGUAGCAGGGAUAAAUGUUUUGCAGCUGUACUUUCAUUUGUCCAACAACUUAUCCAUCAUUUGUUUUUUUGUUGUUUUUUUUAGUUUUGAGUUUGUAUUUUUUGGCUUUCAUGUUCAAAAUAUGUUUAUAGCUUUAUAAAUAAAAUAAUCUGCCAAGAUGGCCAUUCAGGAUGAGCCACUGGAGAUUAUAAUCCUA